UCACGUGACAUGGGGUAUUUAACGUUUUAAGACUCGCGAAAGGUGACUUGUUAUUGUUUUAUUUGAGAUAUGGAACCUGCAUACAACAGACGGGGCGAAAGGGAAAUACAGAACGAAGAGAUGGCAAAAAUACAUUGCUAACACAUKCUCGUUGUGUGCAGGUUCUGAGGAGACUGUUAUCGCAAGAUAAAAGUCAUCUUUCAGACGCCCCCCCGGGUCUACAGAGCCACUUUACAGCCCUCAAUAACCAUUGCAUUUGAUGAAAGAACCCGUUUGACGAGUUUGCAUGACUGGGUGACGCCAGGCGCCCUCUCAUUACACAUCAGACUACUAGCUACUAGGCUGUGUACUUCUCUUCCAGGACAGCUAAACAACCACUGCUUUGUUUUUAUCCUACGCCUGUUGUCAGUAUGGCUCAGCUGAUAAUAUCACUUUGCGUGUUGGUGUCUAUUUGUCUCGCCUCGGUUUUGACCAAAGACAGCUCCGUUCAGUUUGCGUCCGAAAGUCUUAGUACCUCCACGGUUCGCUCGGUGUGUAAGCCCAUCCCCAGCACACUUUCUCUGUGCCACGGCGUCGGUUACCGGGAGAUGCGGCUUCCCAACCUGCUGGGGCACGACUCGUUGAAAGAAGCCCAGCAGCAGUCGGCCGCGUGGCUACCGUUGGUCUCCAAACUCUGCCACCGGGAUACCAAGAAGUUCUUGUGCUCGCUCUUCGCCCCGGUGUGCUUACCGGAGGGGSCCGUGCGCCCCUGCCGUGGGCUGUGCGAGGCUGUGAGGGACGGUUGUCUUCCGGUGAUGAGCGCGUUCGGGUUCCCGUGGCCCAACAUGUUCAACUGCACCCGGUUCCCGCGCGAGACCCAUCUCUGCAUUCCCACCACGACCCGAGACACAGAGCGUGCGCGGAAGGAAGAGGGACACGAGGAGGCAUCAAAGGGAACAGUGAUCUGUGAUGCAUGCAGUCUGGCUGCUGAGGGAGAGAUAGACAACCAGAACAAGUUCUGCAAGAGUCCAUAUGCCUUUAAACUACGUAUUGGGAGUGUUUCUGUAGUGCAGGGUGACCGCAGGUUAGUCCCUCUGGCCCGGAGUCGCAUCCUGAGGUGGGAGGGUGGAGGCGCRGAGAAGGCCGAGGGCGUCGGGGGGGCCAUGGCCUACAGUGCCCUUUGGUUGCAGGAGGGGGGUACCUGCACCUGUCCUGCCCUGGAGGAGGCAGAUGUGGGGGAGGGGAAGGAGUCCCUGGCWGGGGUGUGGUACCUGGGCCUUGCUGACACACAGGAGGGCAGGCUGGUCCUCACUAGGCUGGUGAGGUGGAGGAGGAGCGACAAAGAACUCAAGAAGUUCGUCAGGAAACUGCUCAAACAACCCUGCUGAUAAUGUCAUCAUACAAACAUAGAGAGACUUUCCAAUUUGGCGAAUUGUAUGUGUAUGAGAGGACACCACAGCCCUGUUACAUUUCAGCCUCUAGGCCUAGACAAUAUCUCUUCCAUAUCCCUUUCAUAUCUCUUCCAUAUCCCUUUCAUAUCUCUUCCAUAUCCCUUUCAUAUUCAUGUCACCUAGCUCUGGAGAAGUGAUGCCUUCAUCAUAUUGCUGUCAACUAUCUAUCCAGUCCAUUCAGACCUAUGAAGACCUGUGGGGAAGGGGCUAGGCAGUAGAGAGACCACCAGAGGUCCAGUGUCUGUGUGUUUGGAUCCAUGUUCUGGACACCUGUCACAUGUGAGACAUUUAGAAAAAUUUAAAUGAUGUACAGUGUUGUAUUACAUUCUGAAUAUAAAAAAUCCAUGUUUUUUUAAUCAAAUGUGAGGACAUGAUUAUGAUUUGUGUAARCCGAGUCAGAYGACACAAUUACCAGUGAGGCACARAGCAKCAUUAGUUCCAUUCAAAGCAGARUAUUAUUGUCUGAUAGUAACAUCAGAGACUGCUGUGUAACRGUGUCUAAUAAACGUUAUAUUGAACCAUAAA